AUGCAUGGGCUGCAAGUCGUGUGCUUCAGCCGCCGCCGCCACCUCGAGCACCAUGACCAGGCGGGACAUCGUCGACACGUGGCAGGCGAGCGAGGCAGGACGACAAGGAGGUCGCCCCCCGCGCUCGAGGCGGAGCUCGACGGCGUGUUUGCCCCGCGCCCGUGCCGCGAGGGGCGGGCAGUGAGCCGCGGCGUGCCCAGCAGUACGUCGGGCGUGUUCUGCUCGCGCCGAGGCCCCGAGGAGCGCAGAGCGCCCUGGGCGCACGCCCGUGGCCCGCGGGGUGCCCAGGCUUGCCACCGUCGGUCGGCGAUGCUGCCGCGCGUGCAGCUGCAGCUCGUGCUGCUGCGCCUUCCGCUGCCGUACGGAGCGGUCGUUCUGCACAGCGCAGGCGCAUAA